CUCUCCUUUGAGACAUACCCACUUUUAGGGAACCCAACAGUGUCUCAUAAUGGGGUGCUUUAUCGCCUGCUUUGGUAGUUCUAAGCAAAGAAAAACAAGAAAGCCGCCCACUACAUCUCCUAGUGGAGAUCAGAGACAUAAAGCAUGUGAAGCUCUUCAGCCCACCAAUCUCAUAAAACAAGAAGUCAUUGCAGACACCCAUAAACCCAUCCCAGAUUUAAGGUGUAAGCAUCAGGAUCAAUUGAAUAGCAAUAGCCGAACGAAAGUUACAUUUAAUUUGAAUGUCAAAGCAUAUGAGGGCUUGGCAACUCAAGAAGUCGCAAGUUGUUUGCUGGAAAUUGAGGAGGAGAAAGAGAGAGAAAAGAAAGAAGAAAAUCAAAGUGAAAGCCAUACUCUUUCCGAUUCUAGUUUGUCAAGCCUAUUUUCAUAUCCUCCAAACCCUAGAUACCAUAAUUGCACAAGCAGUGACGAGGAAUCAAUUGAUAUGGAGACAAAAGAAAAUGAUUCCGAUGAAAAGGAUGAUGAUUGUGAUGAUGGUACUGAUCAUACAUUUAUUAAAGAAGAGUCUUCUGAGUCAUUAUUUUCUUUAUCAAUUGAAUCAAGAAAACAAAUAGAUACAGCUGAAACGGAAGAUAAGGAAGUCAAUAGUGCUGUAACAAUCAAUGUUUCACCUGGUAAUGAAAUGAAAACAUUUUGGCCAAAUCGAGAUGCUAGAGACCGAGGCCACUAUGUUCAUUCUGUGUUGAACCCAGUUGAAAAUCUAAGUCAAUGGAAAGCAGUUAAAGCACGAACAAUCCUGACAUUGAAUGACGAUGAGAAGGAGAACUUCAACUUAGAGAAAGAACUCAAUAUCCCCUUAAGUGAAGAGCCCAAUUUCAAGCAGUCAAGUCACCGUUCAAAACAAAAAACUGAUCAUUUGAAGCCACAAGGGCAUGAAAUUGCAAUUGAUACCAGCCUUUCAAGCUGGUUGGUUGAAUCUGAAAAGAUGCCUACUAGCAAGAAUAGUCCGAGAUCUAUUGGGAAUUCAUCCUCAGAGAGAGGGAACUCAUCAAAACGCUUUGAAGAUAGGCCAAUUUUAGGACUACUGACUGUUGAAGAGCUCAAAAAGUUCUCGGCAUCUUCAUCUCCAAGACAAUCACCAAGCUGUACUGCAGAUGAAAAACCCAUUGUAGGCACCGUUGGGAGUUUCUGGAGUCUUACAGGGCAGGGAAUGGAUUCAGACUCUGUUUCAUCUUGCAAAGGAGGGUCAGGUAGAUCAGCCAUGUGCAAAGAGGGCAAGAGAAUGAACAGGUUAGAGAGAGAUUUGGACAGAGGUACAUCUGGAAUUUUGCACCUAUAACAUUGUGCAACUGGGGUUGUUCUUAGCUCAAGCCUUUAUCCUCCUCCAAUUGUUAUCUCACUACUAAUGCCAUGCUAUAUGUAUCGUGAAGCAAGUUUGAUAGAUGAUAGUUUUCUGUAGAUGACUCACAGCAGAUAGAGUCUCUUUUUAUUUAUAUUCAUACAAAUCUAUUGUUUUAC